AUGGAUCAACGUAUACUAAAGAUUGAAGAACAUGUUAACGAGACAUUAAAGAAAGAUUUAAAAAAAACUUUAGAUGCUGGAGAUGUAAUCUAUGGACAAAUAUCUGAAUACUUAGAAUUAAAAAAUCUCAUUGAAAAGAUGAGAGAUAUUGACGUACCUCAAACUAAUUUAGAAACAAAAGUGAAUGUGGGAAGUAAUAUUUAUGUAAAUGGAAUCAUUCAUUCUCUUGAACCUAUUGCAGUUGAUAUCGGUCUUGGCUUUUAUCUUGAAUGUAGUCAUGCAGAAGCUUUAAAGUUGAUUGAAUCACGUGUUUCUAUCCUGAAUGAACGCGCUAAUCUGUACAAGAAAAAGGCGAUUUCUAUAAAGGCUCAAAUUAAACUCUUUUUAGAAGGUCUCCGUAAACUUCAAGAUAUCAAAUGA